AUGACUAAUGUUAGUUACUUGCCAACGUAUGCAACAUCCGAGAAUACGAUUUCAACUCCUCUACCUAUCGUCUCUAAUGAAAUACCAUCUCCUCACAAUAAGAAGCGAAAGAAUCAUUCAGGGGCUUGGAAUCAUUUCAUUAUAUCGUCAGAAGAAGAACACAAAGCUUCUUGCAAGUACUGUGACACAAAAAUUAAGUAUAAUAAUGGAACUAGUUUUAUGCAUGCUCUUUUAUCGAGAUACCUUGUUUACAAGAGACAAAGGACAUCAUCUUCUAUGACAAGUGUUGAAGAACAUGUUGGAUCUCUUUUAAUUGUCAAGUUUGACCAAGAAGCUAUUCGAAGAGCAAUGGUUAAGAUGUUCAUUAACAUGGAGAUUCCUUUUUGGAAGGCAUGUAUUGAUGAGGAGAGCAUGGACUAUAAAGGUUUAGUUUCUCUAGAUGUUGAGACUCGUUGGAAUUCAACUUACUUGAUGUUAGUAUCCGCAUUAAAAUAUGAAAGAACCUUUGAAGAAUUAGGUUUUCAAAAUAAAAGGUAUGUGAUUGAGUUAACAAAAAAGGGAAAAGGUGUUCCAAUGGAAGCAUAUCAACUUAAUCAUUUCAUUCUUGAAGUUGUUUUAUGUUGCCACUGUACAUAUACCAGCAACUCAAAAGAUGAAAAAGAAAUAUGA